CGUAGCUGGAGGGGUUGGCGGUGGCAGGCGGAGGGUUUGGCGGGGCCGCACGGUGGCAGACGUAGGCGGAGGCAGCUCUUUUGUAAUUCUAAACGAGAAUGUAGAUAUAGCCCCUCUCCUGCGAGAGCUUAUCGACCUGGUUGUCGAGGGUGGAGGAGUUAGCGGGGCCGCGCGGUGGCGGACGUAGGCGGAGGCAGCUCUUUCGUAUUUCUAAACACGUGGUGGCGGACGUAGGCGCAGGCAGCUCUUUUGUGAUUUUGUAAUAAACGAGAAAUGUAGAUAUCACCCCUCCCUCUCCUGCGCGAGCUUCUCGACCUGGUGGUCGAUGGUGAAGGGGUUGGCCGGUGCACUGGGAGGCGUCGGCCGGUGCACUUGGAGGCGUCGGCGACACUUGACGUUGAAUUGAACGAGAGAGAGGAGGAGACGGUUAUCGGCAGUGGGGAUUGUGGCGGGUAAUGGGGGAGAGCGACUGCUGACCGACCGGUCGGGACGGCGGGAAUUGGGACAUAGAUAGUGAUGUCGGGUCGUGGACCGUCUUCCCUUUGGUGUCUGAGGGGAGAGUAGGUGAUGUUCUCUCAGGAGGUCGGCAGGUGGGUGACGUCGAUGUUCUCCGAGAGAGUAGGCAAGUGGGCGACAUCCCCGAUUGAGUGAAGAAGGGAGGAGAAAGCCGGCGGUGUGUGACAGGUUCCCCCCCCGAGGGGAAGGACGAGGGCAGCGAAGUCCCAGUGUUCCGCUAGGGUGGUGCCCACGAAGACGAGCGCACUUAUUCCAGCGACGUUACUUCUCAGGAUUGUCGACAUGGAGGAUCCCAAGUCUGUGCGGAGAUGUGAUCAUCGAGGGGAGGAAGACUGCUGGGACCGGCGGAUCGCACGUGCGUUAUGGAAGCAGAUGGUGUCAAACGUACUAUAGUUUCGCGGGAGGAUAUCGGGUUGUCUUGUCCCUCCCCCUUCAGCGUGGCGAGCCUGGUGCUGGUGUGAUACUACGAGUAUUUCCCUCCCUUUGCAUAACAGAGUGGACGCUGCAGUUGUUUUUUGUUUGCAGCAAACUCUGUCAAAGUGGGAUUCGAAGUCGAGACAAGCAGAAUAGACGAAACACCUACCUUCCUUGUGCAGCAUCCUGUCGUUGUGGAGUGACAGAUCUGCUGAGGGCAACGAAGCAACGAUGCCCCAAUUGAUCGGAUUGAUGAGAGCGGUAUCAUCAGCUGACGAUAGAUCUGGCAGAAGCGCUUGUGGAAGAGGAGCACGGGCAGCUCUCCUCCGACCGAGCAAGCCGUGGUGCCGAAGACUACCUACUGACGUGCUAGUAGCGGACCAAGGACAGAGAAGAGGAGCGAAGCGGGAAGUUUUGGAGAGAGAAUGGGGAGAAAGGGAGGGAUAUGGACACGGAAUAGGGAUGAAAUUCUCGUGAGCAGCAGUGUGUUGAGGCGCAGAAGCUGAGGAGAGACAACUCUCUUGAAGCGCAGAAGGUGAGGAGAGAGAAAAGAUGAACAAGUGGUUACCUGCGAGCGCGGGGAAGGAGAGAUCUACGCACAGAAGCACCGGCGGCAUCCCCCCCUGAGACGACGAACGGUGGGGAGGAGGGUAUAGAGAGAGAUAGGGUGGGUGCAAGGUGAAGAAGCACAGACGUCGUCCUCAUCAUCCUCAUCAUCCUCAUCAUCCUCAUCAUCCUCAUCAUAAUCCUCCUCGUCAUCCUCAUCCUCAUCGUUAUCAUCAGAAGGAAGCGCAGAGGAGAAGAUUUUGAAACUGCUCUCGCACGAAAGACAGGCGCAGAGGAGAGCUACUUUUUCUGUGGGCUUCAACAAUGUCGUACUCCCGUAUGUCCAACUCCACUGCCUCUGUGAAGACCAAGCACAAUACGCGCAUUGCGCAGACAUCCGCGGAUGCAAAGCUUCAUGCAUCCUUUAAGGAAUCGGAAGAAUCAGGGGAUUCUUUCGACUACUCCAAGUCUGUCAGCGCAAGCAAAGCGACGGCCGACAGUGUCCCCACCGAGGUAAUGACUGCGUACUUGCAGCGUAUGCAACGAGGCGGCGUAGUGCAAGCGUUCGGUUGUGUGCUUGGAGUCGACGAGGGAUCUUUCACGAUCAUCGCGUACAGCGAGAAUGCGCCGGAGAUGUUGGACACCAUGUCCCAGUACGUCCCCACGAUGGGCGAGCAGACAGGGCUGUUGAGAUUAGGAAUGGAUGCACGUGCGCUUUUCACUCAAGCAAGCGUUGUUGCUCUGGAGAAGGUGACUGCAGCCGGUGAUGUCACACUGCUCAACCCUAUCUCGGUUGCUACAAGGAGCGGCAAACCCUUCUAUGCCAUUGUGCAUCGGAUUGACGUAGGCCUGGUCAUCGAUUUCGAACCUUUGCGACCGACGGAUCCGUCGCUCUCUGCUGCCGGGGCCCUGCAGUCGCACAAACUUGCUGCCAAGGCAAUCUCUCGGCUGCAGGCCAUCCCCGGUGGCGACAUAGCAUUCCUGUGCGACACCGUUGUGGAAGAAGUCAGGGAGCUAACUGGAUAUGAUCGGGUGAUGGCUUACAAAUUCCACGAAGACGAGCAUGGGGAGGUGAUUGCGGAGAUUCGCCGGUCAGAUCUGGAACCCUACCUCGGGCUUCAUUACCCGGCGACGGAUGUACCCCAAGCUGCGCGAUUUCUGUUUAUGAAGAGUCGCGUUCGUAUGAUAGCUGAUUGCUCUGCGCCGCAGGUCAAGGUGGUGCAGGACAAGAGCCUGCUGCAACCCAUCAGCUUGGCAGGGUCGACAAUUCGAGGGGUGCACGGAUGCCAUGCGCAGUAUAUGAAGAACAUGGGCUCGGCGGCGUCGCUGGUGAUGGCUGUGAUCAUCAACGAUGCGGAGGAUGAUGGAGGGGCGACUGGAGGCGGGGUUUCUGCCAGCAUAACGCCACGUGGGAGAAAGUUGUGGGGGCUGGUUGUGUGCCAUCAUACGACCCCGCGGGUGGUUCCGUUCCCUCUGCGAGCAGCAUGCGAGUUUUUGAUGCAGGUGUUCGGGCUGCAGCUGAACAUGGAAGUAGAGCUGGCAGCACAGAUCAGGGAGAAGCACAUCCUGAGAACGCAGACGCUGCUGUGUGACAUGCUGCUGCGUGAUGCGCCUACGGGGAUUGUCACACAGUCGCCCAACAUCAUGGACCUGGUGAGGUGUGAUGGCGCUGCCUUGUACUAUGGGCAGCGCUUCUGGCUGCUGGGGGUAACCCCUUCGGAGAGGCAGAUCAAGGACAUCGCGGAUUGGUUGCUGGAGUGUCAUAAGGAUUCCACAGGGCUGAGCACUGAUAGCUUGUCGGAUGCGGGCUACCCAGGAGCGGCGGAGCUGGGGGAUGGAGUGUGUGGAAUGGCUGCUGCAAAGAUCACCACGAAGGACUUUUUGUUUUGGUUCCGCUCUCACACGGCCAAGGAGGUGAAGUGGGGAGGGGCCAAGCAUGAUCCUGAGGACGUUGAUGACGGUCGCCGCAUGCAUCCCCGCUCGUCCUUCAAGGCUUUCCUUGAGGUCGUCAAGACACGCAGCUUGCCCUGGGAAGAUGUUGAGAUGGAUGCCAUUCACUCUUUGCAACUCAUUCUUCGUGGUUCCUUCUCUGACAUCGACAACAUGGACACUAAGAUCAUGAUCCAUGCGCGUCUCAACGACCUUAAACUUCGUGAAAUGAACGAGCUCAACAACAUGGCCACCGAGAUGAUGCGCCUCAUAGAGACUGCAACCGCUCCCAUCCUCGCCGUGGAUGCAAGCGGGCUGGUUAUCGGGUGGAAUGUUAAGGUGGCCGAGUUGACAGGUGUGUCUGUCCGGGACGCUAUGGGUAAGUCUCUCGUGGAGGAGCUGGUGCAUCAAGACUCCAUCGAAACUGUGGAACGGCUUAUCUACCUGGCACUGCAGGGCGAAGAAGAGCAGGAUGUGGAGAUCAAGCUGAAGACCUUCUUCCAGAGCCACAGGUCCGGGCUGGGGCAUGUCAUCUUGGUGGUCAAUGCUUGUUCCAGCCGCGACGUCAACGAGAAUGUGGUCGGCGUCUGCUUCGUUGGUCAGGAUGUCACCGGUCAGAAGAUCGUUGCCGACAAAUUCACCCGCUGCCAGGGGGACUACAAGAGUAUCGUGCUUAAUCCCAACCCCAUCAUCCCUCCCAUCUUCGGCUCUGACGAGUCGGGCUACUGUACAGAAUGGAACCCCCAGAUGGAAAAGCUGUCCGGUUGGCGAAAGGACGACGUGGUUGGUAAGGUGUUGGUUGGGGAGGUGUUUGGGAUAGACAGGAUGCUAGUGAGGAUGCGAAGCUUUGAUGCGUUCACGAGGUUUACCCUGGUCAUCAACUCGGCCAUGGACGGAAAGGACACAGAGAAGUUCCCUUUUUCAUUCUAUUCCAGGGACAACAAGUUCGUCGAGGUGCUGCUUACUGUGAACAAGAGAACGGAUGCAGAAGGUGCAAUUACCGGUGUGUUCUGCUUUAUCCACAUGGCCAGUCAGGAGCUGCUGAACGCAUUGACAGUGCAGAGGGCAGCUGAGAAGGUUGCUGCAGCCAAGGCCAAGGAGCUCGCCUACCUGCGGCAGGAAAUGAAGAACCCUCUCGACGGGAUUAUGUUCACGAGAGGAUUUAUCGAGCACACAGAUCUGUCUGAGCAUCAAAGACAACUGGUGGAGACUAGCGCCAUCUGCGAGAAGCAAUUGCGCAGAAUCCUUAACGACUUUGACUUGGACAGCAUUGAGGAAGGGUACCUCGAACUCGAGACCUCGGAGUUUGCGAUGGCCACCGUGUUGAAUGCCAUAGUGAGCCAGGGGAUGAUCUCCUCCUCAAGGAAGGGGAUCCAACUGUUCUGCGAUACGCCGGCAGAGUUCAAGGAGCUGGUGGUGUUUGGGGAUCAGGUGCGGCUGCAACAGGUUUUGGCAGACUUCUUGCAGAAUGCGGUGCAGUUCACGCCGACGUCAGGAUGGGUGGAGAUAAAAAUAGUGCCGAACAAGAAGAAGCUGGGGGGGGGGGUAGACGUGGUGGAGUUGGAGUUCAGAUUGACACACACAGGGUCAGGGCUGCCAGAGGAUCUGGUGAGGCAAAUGUACGAUAGAGUGGAUGUAGUGACGAAGUCGCAGGAGGGAUUGGGAUUGAGCAUGUGCCGAAAGAUAGUGAAACUGAUGCAGGGAACUGUGGAGUACAUCAAGGAGGCUGGAAAGUCGUUCUUCCUUGUGAGGCUGGAGCUGCCACUGGCACAUAGGGAGGAUGUGGGAAGUGUGAGGUGACGUGGGACGGAAUAUGGUGUUGAAGACUGGGCAAUGGUGGUGGUGGGGGGGGGGAGUAGGUUGGUCUGAGAUAGGUUGUGCUACUCUACUAGCUAGCCUUUCUGGGAAUUGUAUUUGCUGUAUUUGGCGAAGCAAGGAGGCGAAAGAAGAAAGGUGUGGGGGGUGGCAAUCAACUCUAGGCAUUUUGCAGCAGCAGCAGGGUCAAAGUAGCAGUGGCAGAAAAGAAAAAGACGAAAGAAAACAAAAACACUAAAAAGGAAAAAGUAAAGAGGACAGGUGCAAUGACCCACACAGUUGCAGUCGGCGAAUUCCUGCAGUUUUCUGAGUAAUGCUGUCUCUUUGGUCUGAUUUGCUGAGAUCUUUUUUCCCGAAUCUGAGUUGUUUUGCUGUAAUUUUUUGCCUGUGUCCAAGAGUCCAUGUGAUGCUUGCUGUGUCAGUGAGCUAACUCUGUUCUCGUACUGUGUUUUGUGUGUACGGGGAGGGGAAGAACAGUAAAUAGAUAUAGCGACAGGGGUUGGACGGAAAUUGGGCACUGGAGGGGACUGGAGGAAAGUCUACGGCGAACAAGGGAGAAAGUAUAAUUUCAUAGGGACCUGUUAGCACUCCACAGCAACUCGGGUAGGUCGUGGAAGGUGCGGUAGCCUCCAUCCAAGUAGGUCAUGAUGGUCCAGGGCCAGAACGUAGGUAGAUAUCAGGCUAGGUUCCGUCCUGGCGAUCAUGAUGGUCCAGGACCUGAACGUAGGUAGAUAUCAGUCGAGGUUGGGCCCUGGAGGCGAAUUGCAGAAGGCCGCGUGAUGGUGGGUAAAGGUACUGAAGGUUGAGAGUCAUGACUAUGGGCCUCGCCGCACCACGCGCGAAACGACUCUGAAAGGGCGAUUUGUGUCAUCCCCAGACGGCCGCGUGAUGGUGGGUAAAGAUACUGAAGGCCAAGAGUCAUGACUAUGGGCCUCGCUGCAAUACGCGUGGAACGACUCUGAAAGGGUGGUUCGUGUUGUUUCCAGAUGGCCGCACUCCGAUCACGUGAUUCUGCACGAACCCAUGUUCGUGAAUUGUCAGAGAUGUAUCAGUGAUGUGCAUUUCUUCUUUGCCCGCCUGCACCCUAGCGGAUUUCGAGGGUGCUUUUCGAAAUUCGUGCCGUUUCCAGACGGCUGCACUCCCAUCACGCGAUUCUGCACAAACCCAUGUUCGUGAAUUGCCAGAAUUGUAUCAGUGAACUGAGUCGCGUGCGUUUCUUCUUUGCCCGCCUGCGCCCUCGUGGAUUUCGAGGGUGCUUUUCGAAAUUCGUGCCGUUUCCAGAUGGUCGCACUCCCAUCACGCGGUUCUGCACGAACCCAUGUUCGUGAAUUGUCAGAAUUGUAUCAGUGAACUGAAUCGUGUGCGUUUCUUCUUUGCCUGCCUGCGGCCUUGCGGAUUUUGAGGGUGGUUUUCAAAAUUCGUGUCGUUUCCAGACAGUCGCGCUCCCAUCGCGCCGUUCUGCUCGAACCCAUGUUCGUGAAUUGUCAGAAUUGUAUCAGUGAGCUGAGUCGCUUGCGUUUCUUCUUUGCCCGCCUGCGCGCUCACGGAUUUCAAGGUUGCUUUUCGAAAUUCGUGUCGUUUCCAGACGGUCGCACUCCCAUCAUGCGAUUCUGCACGAACCCAUGUUUGUGAAUUGUCAGAAUUGUAUCAGUGAACUGAGUCACGUGCGUUUCUUCUUUGCCCGCCUGCGCACUCGCGGAUUUCAAGGUUGGCUUUUUGAAAUUCGAGUCGUUUCCAGACGGUCGCACUCCCAUCACGCAGUUCUGCACGAACCCAUGUUCGUGAAUUGUCAGAAUUGUAGCAGUGAACUGAGUCGCGUGUGUUUCUUCUUUGCCCGCCUGCGCCCGCACGGAUUUUGAGGGUGCUUUUUGAAAGAUGUGUGGGAGAUGCCUCACCACGCGAGUCUUCUGCAAACUUCCAUGGUAGAUUUCGCCGUUCUCUUUUUUUUUCCCCUGUUUGUCCUCUUCUGUUUUUUGUUCUGUUGUGAUUCUGCCCUGUUUGUUUCCUCGCUUCGCGUGUGUGUUGCAGCAGUGAAGGUAAAGACGAAGUUUGUGAAUUGUUAGGUUGUUUGCGAGCCCUUGCGACUUUGUGGUUCAUUUCAUUUCGCUUCACUUUGUGCGUAGUGCGGCGAGGCCCUGUAUCAAGCUGGGUAGAGGUCGGGCAUUCACCCGACAGUCAUGCUGCUACACCGCCCUGAGGGAGAGUUAGGUGGAGCUCUGGGUUGAAGGAGGAGGUGAGGUUGGAGAAGAAGACCUCCAUGGCUAUGGAGUAUUAGUGGAAGGUAGUAGGCCUGGGCUAUGGAGGUAGAGUAAGAAGAAUCUCAAGCUGCGCUAUACAGGCAGGUUGAGGAAGCGAGUGGAGGUAGAAGAGGAGGAAGGAGGGGGAACGGACCAGAGAGACUAACCUUUGGCUAUGGUGAAUCUUCAUCUCCACGUCCUUGGUUAGUGUUGCAUCUUGAAGGCCCCUGUUGGUACUGGUUGGUCAUGAAGAUGUUGAAGUCUGAGGAGGCUGGAUACCAACUUUAAACUCACUCGCUCGGAGGAAUGGCCAGUUUUCGCUUGUCAUGUUUUCGACUUCGCAAUUACAGUUGCUUUUUGAUUGGUACUCACGGCUAAUACCAAUCAGUCCGUUCUACGGCCAGGGAUCCGACUAAAUUACUUGACUACCUAAACUGAUUAGCACUCUAUGUACGGACGUGCAUAGCUGCAGAAGAAUUUUCUUUUUUAUAUGUAAAACUAAGCUAUAUUCUUCUCUCACUUACACUACCUGCCCGCAUCUACCUAGCCAGGGCUACAUCUACCAAGCAGGGGCUAGCCAGAGCUAUAUAUACAAGCAUGGGUAAGCCAGAGGUACAUCUACCAAGCAGGGGCUAGCCAGAGGUAUAUCUAUCAAGCAGGAGCAACCCGGCAAUAUGAACUAACCCCCAGCGAGGACUGGCAGGGGUGAAGGCCUCCGGUAGAACCCAGGACCCUACCAAGACCAACUAGGGAGGGCAAGCCACCUAUCUCGCCUGGCGAACACCCAAGCAUGCCGUAGGCGGCCGGAGGGAGUUGCGGGAAAACUUGGAAAUAUACUAGAACUGUAAAACAGUCGUAUCAAUGCUGGUCAGCGAACUAGGGAUGUCUGAUCGACACUGUCAUCAUAAACCCAAACAACUAUUUACUUGUAGAAGGCAAACCUCGAGCUGUCCUUGGCGACAAUUUGUACCCAAUCAAUUACUUACUAGGAGAAGGCACUCAACCUGUCCUUGUGCCAAUUUAUAUUGUCUCUGUUCUGAAUGAGUGAACAUACGACUAGGUAGAUGGGUGUAAGCUUUAAAAGAAGCGAGUGACCUUUCUGCACUUGGUGACAUUUGGGCAGCGGGCACCUGGUAGCGGAGCGGCGGCAUCAGAAUAGCGUGCAGCGUAGCGGCUCCACGUCCAGACAGCAGCGCUAGUGGUGCGCUGGGAGGCAGAGCGUGUGCCAUAGCUUUUGAGGCGGGGCGCCGAGGAAGAUGGGUAGUGAGGAAGAAGAUGGGUAGUGAGGAGAAGAGGGGGUCCAUGGGAUUGAGGAAAGCAGGGGGAGCACUGGAUAUUUACCUGGUGGUUGGCCGGGGAGCUCUGGGGCGGUCAGAGUCUCCAGCGGUCCUCUGGGAGAGAGUGAGAGAGCUUGUUGAGUAGUAGAUGAUCAGUUCGAUUAGGAAGUAGUGUAGUUGUGUGUACCUGGGCUACUACUUCGUUGUUGGGAGCUCCAGCGUGGAUGAGAGUCUCCAGCUGUCCUCUGCGAGAGAGGGAGAGAGUUUGUAGAGUAGUAGAUGAUGAGCUAGACUACGAAGUAGUGUAGUUGGAAGUACCUGGGCUACCACUUCUUUGUCGUUGUACCGGUUGUGUUGGAGGCGAGAAGAGGGCUUUCGUGCUGAAGAGAGCUCAUUUUUUGGCCAGUCAACUCAUGCAUGCUUGUCAAUGUUUACGUGUUGGGUAGAAAUUUCGCAAGGCCGUGGUGAAAGCCUUCUCCCCACCUCCACACAAUCAAUAACUGAAGGGGGAUAAGAUGCGUGGCACUGGCGCUUGUUCAUCACUGUGGCUAUGGAGGAGGGAGAUGUGAGGGGGCAGGUUAUCAAUUCAUUGGCCAUAGCUAGAUGUACGCAACGUUGAGAGGAGGGGUGAGAGCGAGACCUAAAGACGAGCUCUUUGAGAGCUGGCAGUGAGUGGGAUAACUUUGAACAUUGGUUCUUGUUCUUUCAUUCAUUUAGUAUUGCAGUUGACGUGUUUGUAACAGGACGACAAUAUGAUGUGGGGAAGAUGAUGACGGCAAGAGGAGGAGGAGAUUACAUCGGUUCAAUGUUGUGUAUUCUUGCUUGUCUUCUUUCCUUUGCCAUUCACUUUCCACGUUUUCUUGAGCGGCGAAAUCUUGCAUCGUCUGGAGUAAUGAGACUCUUGCAUUGUCGUUUGAGUAAGAUCAUAACGAUUCGUACCUGAGCUUUUCUUUACCUGUUGGCUGGAGCCUAGAGGUGAUUAAGCUGAUCUAGCCGUAAUUCUAAGUUAAUUAGGUCCAUUAAACUCGGAUUAGAGGGCGGGCGGGAUGAGUUGGGAUUCGAGUGGUAAGUGCGUAAGAUGCAGCCCUAACUUCUUCUUCUUCUUCUUCUUUGUCUUCGUCUUCUUCAGUUUGUUUUAUUUUGCCCUAACUUCACGUCUGAGAGAUGAUGCGACAUUAUGAUCUCAGAAGGAAGUUUGCAGUGGAGACAUGAAAGGAGAGAGAGUGUUGGAGUAGGACGGAGAGAGGAGAAUUGUGGAAGGCUUCUUCUUCACUGGGUGAUGAGCAUGGGUAUGAUCUGCUACAACAAGCUGACUGCGAGAGAUGGUUGCUAUAACUCGUAUCAUUCAUUGUUGGAGGUAGAGGUGACAUGUGUAGGGACUGUCUAGCCUUUAGUACACUAUAGUAUAGGGUCAGGACAGUCCUCUAGGGGGUUUGGAGAGGGUUUGAAGGUAUAAUGCAGAUGGAUGAGAGGGAGGUGAGUGAUAUCUACAUCGAGUAUGACGAGUCAACCGGUGCUGGUAAGUGCUCGUGUGACCAAUGGUUGGCCCUGGUUGUGCCGUUGCAUGGAUCCUAUGAAUGCUUGGGUGCUUGUUGAUCAUCCUUUGUGUAAUGUUGCGCUACUAUCUAGCCGAAAAUCU